AUCUUCCGCGUAAUAUACUCGAAACAUUUUCUCUUACUUUUAUAGAAACGGGAUUUAUAAGAUAUAUAACCAAAAUACAUGACUGAUAUAUACAGUAAAGUUUGAAAUAUUUAUAUCUUACGUGAUACUUGGUUACUUUUGUAUAUUGUUUAUAGUGAUGUAAGAUCAAACGUGACCUGAACAUAUGAAACACAUUUAUAAAAUGGAUUUCUUGUAUACGAUUGUGCUGCUUGCAACCUUGAUGGGGUCCCAGAUCCGCCAGGUUGAAGCGCAAACACAAUGUGCAGAACAGAGGUUUUGCAGUGAAUGUAUUACUGCGCACCACGAGUGCGCAUGGUGUAACGAUGUGGAGUUUACGGAUACUCGAUGUGCAAUGAACACCAGUAUACUGACUUCGAAGGGUUGUCAAGAGAUAAAGUCACCUACUAACAACGAAACUAAAACGCAGGACAAGCCCGUCCAGGAUGGUGGGGAAAACGUCGAACCGGUGCAACUUCAGCCCCAGAAGGUCAAACUUACACUCAGGCCAAAACUCACGCAUGAAAUGACGCUGAAGUAUAAAGUGGCCAAGAAUAUUCCGCUCGACAUGUACUUUGUGCUUGACUUCAGCACAACGAUGAAACAUCAACUUUCAACACUUGCUAAUUUAUCGAAAGAACUCAUUGAAGGACUUAAACGCUUCACGGAGAACAUCCAGAUCGGAUUUGGGUCGUUUCUUGACAAGACCCUACAGCCGUUCACCAUUACGACACCGGAAUUUUUAAAGAAUCCCUGCUAUGGUAUUGCGGACGAAACAUGCGAAGCUCCAUAUGGAUUCAUUCACCACAGAAAACUCGACAGGGACAUUGACCAAUUUACUGCUUUGCUACAUUCGGGAAAUACGUCGGCCAACUUCGAUCCAAUGGAAGGCGGUUUGGAUGCAUUGAUACAGGCGGCUGUAUGCCCGGAUAUCAUAGGCUGGCGGUCGCAAUCAAGACGUGUUAUUAUCUACAUUUCUGACAGCGGUUUUCACUUCGCAGGAGAUGCAAAGUUGGCAGGAAUCGAUCUCCCUAAUGACGGACACUGUCACAUGGUCAGCGCGGAAGCGGGAACAUUCAUCUACGACUAUUCCAAUAAAAUGGACUACCCCUCAUUCGGAUUGCUGGCGAAGGCUCUCACGGACAACCGCAUCAACACCUUCUUCGUCGUCAGCGAUCUUGAAAAGCACAUAUACAAGGCCCUUACCGACAUGAUUGACCAGGCGGAAACCGUUACCAUGGACACUGCAGGCGCUACGAGUAUUGUUAAGCUGAUCACGGACUACUACUCGGAUCUUAAUCGACAAGUCAAAUUGACUGCGGAAAACUUACCAGAUGAAAUAGAAGUUAAAGUUGAAACCAGUUGUUUACACUCAAGUUUGGUGAACACCUACGAUUUAAGAGAAGGUGUGGUCUGCAGAAACCUCAACGAUGGCGACACGGUGUUGUUCAAUCUAAGAAUGACGCUGAAGACUUGUACAGCAGACAAGAAUUGGAAGAAGACUUUCAAGGUAGUUCUGGCUGGCCUUCAGGAAUCACUCGAGGUCGACGUUACCUACAAAUGUGAUUGUAACUGCGAACAAUCUGAGGAGCUGGACCAAGAAAAAUGUACCCAAGGUAACGGGACUUACGAAUGCGGGGUUUGUAAGUGUAGACCGGGACGAAGCGGCGAGUACUGUCAAUGUGACAAUAAGGAAGGGGAUACUGUACAGCAAGAGGCGAAAUGUAGAAAGGACAAUGGUACAAAAGUUUGCGAGGACCAAGGUACAUGUAAAUGUGGCCAGUGUGUGUGCCUGAGGAACUACUUAGGUCCGUAUUGUGAAUGUAACAACAACAUGUGCAUCAAGCCAGGAAGCACGGAGAAAUGCAGCAAUCAAGGGCAAUGUACUUGCGGAAGAUGUCUAUGUAAGGAGGAUUAUGAUGGUCAACACUGUGAAUGCCCUCCGAAACGCAAUUGUAAACAUCCGGAAACAGGGAUGGAGUGUAAUGGCCAUGGAACGUGUAAGUGCGGAAAGUGUGAAUGCGAACCCGAUUAUGAGGGACCAACGUGCGGAGAGUGUCCUAAAUGUGAAAGGUGUAGCAAAUGCCGGUACAGAGACUGUGUCAAGUGUAUCGUAGAAAAUGAAAAGCAGACAGCCAUGAUCAACGAGACAGCUAUUCCGCUCGCGUGUCAGUUAAAGUGCACGAAUCUUCUAGUCACAAUGGUCAACAAAUUCAAUGAUUCCGAUCCCUGUGGCUUCAUUGAGUCGAAGGAAUGUAUACGCAACUACUUAGUGGAGUGUUCAAACGAUACUGUCCGGCUCAACAUCGCCAACCAGAAAGUGUGUACGUAUCCCGCCGAUGCCUUGUUUAUCGUCCUCCCAAUCCUUGCUGGCAUUCUCGGAGUAGGGCUCUUGCUGAUCAUCAUUUGGAAGAUCUUGACUUCCUUCUAUGACAAGAUCGAAUAUGCGCGGCUUGAACAUGAGAUCCAGCACGCCAAAUGGAGCAAGGAGGACAAUCCGAUAUACAGAACCCCGGUGACAACCAAUCAAAAUCCAGUAUACAAAGGUGGCGCAGCGGAAUAAUCGAACUCAAUAGACUGUUAGAAAAGGAAACGUAUAAAUACUCUGGCACCAAUUUCGCGUAAAAUGCUUCAUAAUCAUAGUUCAAUGAGCCGAAUUACUUCCUGAAACUUGAUUUAAUAUAUCAAAGACGACUACAAAUUAAUUGGAAGAUUUUCAUCCCUGCCCACCCCCUUUUUACCCGCCACCCCUUAAAUUUUAUUGUCUCAUAUAAAAAUGUUGAAUUGGGGUCUGUAGGGGUGUAUCGGUCCGGUUUUGUCCGGGAACGGCGUUUAUUAAUAAAUAUGGUGUAGAUAUAUAACAUUCACGUUUUUAAAAGAUCAUUGUAACGAUCGUGUUUUUGGGUUCGUCUGGAAACACAUGUAUAUGGUCCCUUAUGCAAUAAGAAAGAGAAUGAACACAUAUUCAACGGUGAAACAGUCAUCUUAGAUAAAAAAAGAAAUGUCCCCCAAGCCACAAUUUAAAUGGAAAAUGGAUACAAAUCUAGCAAUUAGUUAGUUUUAGUCCUAGACAUAUCUUAUAAGUGUUAUCCUAAAAAUAUGAGUUCCUUUAAAAAAAAGUCUCAAAACUGCCUAAAUAGAUGAAAUUACACAAUGUAUUCCAUAACAAAAAUAGUCUGUUAAGCUUUAUCAUGGUUAUUAAUUAAUUAACGUUGUUUUAAAACACAGGGAGAAAUUAAAAUUAAAAAUAUAUAUGAAAACCAAUAAAGCUACACAUACAUAUCGAAAACCUUUACAAAAUAAAAUAAUCUUUGAUGUGCUACGUUUUAAGGGGACUAGACACCAGAUGAUACAAUUGCAAAAAAAAGAAAAAAACAUGUAAAAAAAAAACUUGCAUAAAAUUGAUAUCGUUGCUUACAACGCAUUGAAUCUUACUUACUAUUGUAUUACAUCGCUAACGUCACAAAAAAUUAUAUAUUUCGCGAUGCAUUAUCGGCCUCAUACUAGCUCAUAUUGACGAUUCUAGACUUGUUUUGAGGAUAUUUUGCCGAUUUGGGGGUCAUCUGGUGUUUAGUCCCUUUGAAACCUGAGUAUUGUUUUCUGUACAUCAUAAACACUUUGAAAAAACAUCAUGCGAUACUGUGUGAAAAAGAAAUCUGUAAAUCGGUUCGGCCAAAAAACCCAAACACUUUUGUUAUAAAUCUUAAUCAAUUAUCCAAUUGAAAUGGCAUGCUAUUUGUAUAUUACUUUUAUUAGCAUAAAACUGCUUCAUAAUUUAUUUAUUUUGUAGCAAAAUCAUUUGAUAGUGCGCUUACUUCUGUAAAUACAUUUAACUUUAUGCAAAUGUAUAUAUUUAAACUAUUUCUCUGUUUUAUAGUUCUUUGUUUCAUAGUAACGUAUCUUUUAUUGAUGUUUCACUUUCACUUAUCUCAAUCCAUCAUUCAUUAAGUAUAUGUAUUAGAUAUGUUCCAUGCAAUAUUUUAGGACUGAUCGCAUUUCUAGUAAUAAAAGUAAUUCUAUUUUAGUCGGUUGAAAUGUGGUAUUGUUUCUUGCGUAAAGAUACAUCGCACUCUAACUUUGGUCUCGUGCGAUACGACAUUUUCCAAAGCAUCUCGGAGUGAUACAACCGACUUAUAUUUCAUCAUUCGGAGGACCUCGGCUAUUUUCCAUCGAAACCAACCUCGGAUGUAUACCAAUACUUCAGUUAAAGUAGUUCGUAAAAUUUUAAUUUCAUUGUAUUAAUAAAUUUAAGUGUUUAAACAUGUAUUUUAUAUGUAUAAAUUUACUUAAUUUAAAUUGAUAGACAAUGUAGUGUUAUAUCGCGUAACUGAUUAAGAUCCGAUGCUGUUUCGGAUGGAAAAUAGCCGAGGUGCUCCGCAUGACAUAACAUUCCCAUAUACCACGAAGAAAUUGCGAUUUACCUUUUUCUGUUUCGUUUUUCUGUUAUUUCUUUUUUUGUUACAGUGUACUAAAUAUGUUGAAUGUAUAGUGUAUGAAGUGUGUGUAUAAUUCAUUGAAAGUAAUCACAUACAAAGUAUUCUUGGCGAAAGCAUGGAAGUUUUAUCGUUCGUUAUUAAACGAAACAAAAAUACAGUUCACAUCAUUGCAUUAAGUCAUCUAUAAUGUCAUCGGCACUAUGUUUUGCAUAUUAAAUAUCCAUUGAUCCACACUCAUUGUAUUUCUCCUAUGUUUAUUCUAAUUGAUAUUUUAAAAUUAGUAAACUAAACGUACAUAAAUAGCUAUUAUUGUUUUUGUUUUUUUAAGUUUAAGACUAAACCUGUUAUUUGUACUUAUACGCUGUAAUAUUAACUUUCGAAACCUGCUUUUAUUGUCAUUCUAAUAUGUAUAUGAAAUACUCCACCCCAAUCCCACGUUUUGCAUCACUUUGUAAUAUUAACUUCUUAAACCUGCUAUAAGCUCGUCGGAAGGUCCUUCAAAAAGCUAUGUCAUAUGGUAAAUGUGCAAACCGCAGUAGAUGCACGAAACCCUUUUAUUGAAAGCUAAAAAUGUAUGCCUAUUGUACAGAUAAACGUUUUGUAUUCUUACUACCGUUGGCUAUAGCCAUCAGAGUAGUCUUCACUUGGUAUAUGCAUAAGACAAUGACACAUAUUAUAUCGUUAACGGCUAUUUCCGCCAUUUAUAUAUAUAUAUAUCCUAAUCCACAGCACGUUUUAGAGCUUAUGGCAUAGGAAAAAGAAUCAACAAUCUUAUGAUAAUAAUACUUAUCGAAGUUUAAGCAUGAUUUCAUUUUUUGUCAACACCUAACAUUUCCCAAUCUUAUUUUAAUUGGCUAGGAAACAACUAUAUAACAAUAGAGGUUUUGAGUACAGGUUUGAGAAUAAACAUGUUAUAUCAUUCGUAACAAAACUUUUUGAAGUACAUGUACUUUCUUAUUGCUUCUUUUUAAAUUAAAUUUGCUAAAAUAUAAAAUGUUACUUUGAAUGCUUUUCAUUUGCAUUUUCAAGUAUUUAUAUAUCAUAUUCACUGAAUAAAAUUUAUCCCUGUAA